AUGCUUUCAAAACUAGUUGUUGUGGUGGUGUGGUUUCAUCUUGUGGUUAUUGCCAACUCUUUGUACUCUUUGCAGCAGCAGCAGCCAUCAUGCCAUGAUGGCGAAAGCUCUGCUUUGCUGCAAUUCAUGCAAAGCUUUAUGUAUCCAUCUGCUUCAUUUUACAAUGGCAACUGCUGUUCAUGGGACGGCGUGGAUUGUGAUGAGGAGACAGGCCAUGUGAUCGGACUUGAUCUUAGUAGCAGUGGUCUUUACGGAUCCAUCAACUCCAACAGCAGCCUCUUCCGUCUAGUUCAUCUUCAGAGACUGAACCUUGCUAAUAAUGACUUCAAUUACUCUCAAAUUCCUAGUAGCAUUAGGAAUUUUCCAAGGCUCACUCAUCUCAACCUCUCUGCCUCCUUCUUUUCUGGUCAAGUUCCAUCAGAAGUUUCACACUUGUCCAAGUUGUUAUCCCUUGAUCUAUCUCUCAAUCUUGAUAGAUUUUCUGGUGAAAAAUUAUUGAAACUCCAUCCAUCCAAUAUGAGAAGCCUAGUUCAGAACUUAACUAGUCUAGAAAAGCUUGAUCUCAGUUACAUUAAUAUAUCUUCGAUAGUGCCCAAUUCCAUGGCAAAUUUAUCAUUUUUGAUAUUCCUGGCACUUGAGAACUGUGAGCUGUUCGGUGAAUUCCCAGCAAGAACUUUCAAAUUACAAAACCUACGUCAUCUGAAUGUGGAAUACAACCAGGGUCUUACUGGUUAUAUGCCUGAACUUAAUCGAAGUAGUCUUCUCAUGUCACUGAGACUUGGGUAUACUAGGAUUUUCGUAAACUUGCGUUCAAUCACAAAGCUUGAUUUGUUGCAAGAAUUGGAUGCGCCUGCAUGCAAUUUUUCAGAAGGGUUGGUUCCAGCUUCACUAGGUAAUCUUAGGCAGGUCACUUAUCUUGACAUUUCUGCAAACAAAUUUGGAGGUCCAAUUCCUGAUUCGUUGGCAAACCUUACCCAGCUCACUCAUCUUUUGCUUCAAAAAAAUCAGUUCACUGGUCCAAUCCCACCUUGGCUAGGUAACCUUACUAGACUAACUCAUCUAAAUCUUGAUAGAAAUAAAUUAAAUAGUUCCAUUCCCAAGUCACUAUCCAAUGUCAUGAAUCUCCAGCGACUUCAUCUAUAUGAAAAUAGACUCAGCGGUACAGUUGAGUUUCACAUGUUUCUCAAGCUACACAAUCUCAAGGAACUCCUUCUAGGUUAUAAUAAUUUAUACUUGCUCAUUGAAUCAAGAACUAUGAACGUAACUAUUCCACAGUUCAGGAGUCUGGGACUGGGUUCAUGCAACCUAAGAGGGUUCCCUGAUUUCCUGAGAUAUCAAGAAAACUUGCAGUGGUUGGGGCUUCAUGGAAACAAAAUACGUGGCCAAGUACCGAAAUGGAUCUGGAACGCAAGCACAGAAACUUUGAAGUACAUCGACAUGUCAUCCAACAUGCUAUUCGGAGAACUACCUAUACCUUCGCCAAAUGUCGAAUACUAUCAAAUUUCAAACAACCUCUUAACUGGACAAGUUUCACCAUUGAUUUGCAGUUUGAGGCAACUUCAGCUUCUUGAUUUGUCGAAUAACAGAUUGAGUGGCACGCUUCCGCAGUGUCUUGGGAACUUCAGUAAUGGUCUGCAAGUUUUGAAUCUUGGGAACAACUCUUUUCAUGGCAUUCUUCCUCAAAGAUAUACCAUGGCUAGCAGAAGCAAUCUGAGAAUGAUUGAUGUUAGUCAUAACCAAUUGCAAGGGCAACUACCCAGGUCAUUGGCAAAUUGUGUGAUGCUUGAGUUUAUGGUGCUGUCAAGAAAUAAAUUCAAUGACGUUUUCCCCUUGUGGCUUGGGACUCUCCCAAGGUUAAAAUUUUUAGCCAUGGACCAUAAUGAGUUCUAUGAUGUGAUAGGCAAGCCCCAGAAGAAUCAUCAUUUCCUCGAGUUGCACUUUCUUGAUCUGUCUUACAAUAAUUUCACAGGUCCUAUACCACAAGGAACGCAACUUACUACAUUUGAUAGCACUUCAUAUGAGGGAAACCCUGGAUUGUGUGGAGGUCCAUUGCAAAACAAAUGCGGAGUUGCUAAGACCCCUCAACAGCCGCCUUCAAGCGUGGAACAAAAUGAUUCAGGCUCAGCUGGAGCAUUUGAAUUUGAUUGGAAAUUUGUUUUGGCGGGAUUGGGAAGCGGGUUGGUCGUUGGAGUGGUUCUUGCGGACGUUGCAAUCACAAGGAGGAAGGAGUUGUUUGUUAAGAUUGUUGGAAUGAUCAGACUGAUGAUAACCAAAGGGGAGAGCUGGGAAUGA